GCGUAAUGGUUUCAAUUAAAACAUACUUCUCUGGAAAAUACUUUACCACUUUCAAAAAAUUAACCAGGAACUAUUUCUGUAAAUUGUGAAAUUCUCCGAACGAAAACAAUUUAUAGUUGAUGAAAAAUAUUUCAUCUUUUCUAAACAUCUACUUACAGCUUGAUUUCAUUCUCAAAUGAAAUAUGGACAAUCAUGUGUUUGCUUCCUAAAUGGAAUACAAUUGCAUUAUUAUAACUGGAAAACGAUCGUAUUCUAUAAUCAAGGAAAUGGAUAACGAUGUAGAUAAAAGUGAUCGUGCUGAAGAGGACACUACAAUUGAUGGCGGUGAAGUUAAAAAUACCGACGGAGGUAAAGGUGUCUUAAAAAAAUUCUUCAUGGUACCCAUUGAGGAAGUAGCUGAAGAACUAGAUAACGAAUAUGCAAAUCAUACAAUUAACGAAAUUGAUGCUGAAAGAGAACAUAACACGGAUAAAAAAACUAAAGAACGUUCUUUGGAAACCAACGAGCUCGACAAUAUGUCCACCGUUCCUGCAAUGGGGGGUAGACGACACCUCAGCAAAUCUACUUCGGAACUAAGUAGUCCCAGGGAGAUGCCAGAAAAUCGGCCUCAGUCAGCAGCACCUCCUGAAGCAUCUCACUUAUCGGUUUACCAAAAAGCUCACAGUUUCCUUUCACAGUUGAAGAGUCGACUGGGACACUCCAGCAAGCGCGAACGGAGACACAAAUCUCCUGGGCGUCACGACAGCACCGACUACGCGGCCGAUCUCAGUAGUGACCACAGCACGCCUAGUACACAGAGCCCUAGACACAAAGCACAAACUAGGACGGACUCUCCCAAAAGUCGUGCCUGUGGAGGCGGUGGCGACACGACAAGUUCUCCCAGUGGCUCCCCAAGGACAAGGGCACCCACCCCAGGUGCUGUUGUCGGCCUCGACCUGCUUCCGCUUUCCUCCAAUAAUGAAGUCACUAGACGAAGAGAACAGGCUUUACGACAACAUUCAUUUUUUCAAUUACGACUUCACCUUCGGAGAGGUCAAGGGUUGGCCGCCAUGGAUAAAAAUGGUCUAAGUGAUCCAUAUGUGAAGUUCAAAUGUGGUGGAAGGCUAAUAUACAAAUCUAGGACUGUAUAUAGAGAUCUGAAUCCAAUCUGGGACGAAAGUUUUACCGUGCCUAUAGAAGAUCCUUUCGUUCCUAUCAGUAUAAAAGUAUUCGAUUAUGAUUGGGGCCUUCAGGACGAUUUCAUGGGUUCUGCAACACUUGAUCUGGCGACCUUAGAUCUAUCAAGACCAACUGAUUUAUCUCUAGCACUGCAAGAUUCAUCAAGACCAGAUGCUUCACUGGGAGAAAUCAUUCUGGCAGUAACGUUAUAUCCAAAGAGUCAAGAGGAUAAAGAACAGUACUUCCAGAAAAAUAGUAGAGUACAAGAUGUUAAUCGACGAUUGAAAUCACAGAUAUGGAGUUCAGUAGUUACCAUAGUUUUAGUCGAAGGAAAGAAUCUCUUGCCAUGCGAUCCAGAAACAGGCACAUCGGACCCAUACUGUAAAUUCAGAUUGGGAAACGAAAAGUACAAAAGUAGAGUUGUUUGGAGGUCUUUGAAUCCGAGAUGGCUUGAACAACUGGAUCUUCAUUUGUAUGAUGAUGGCGAUCAACAGUUAGAAAUUACUGUUUGGGACAAAGAUCGAGCUAGGGAUGACUUCAUAGGAAGGUGUGUGAUAAGCCUUGGUCACUUAGAAAGAGAGAAAACGCACAAUAUUUGGCAACAACUUGAAGACGGGGCAGGAUCUCUCCACCUCCUUCUCACCAUCAGUGGUACAACUGCAUCCGAAACAAUUUCAGAUUUAACUACCUACGAAGAGGAUCCAAGGGAGAAACAGGCUCUUUUAGAUAGAUAUGUCUGGCACAAAACCUUCCACAACAUAAAAGAUGUCGGUCAUCUCACUGUGAAAGUUUUCAAGGCCCAAGGCCUGGCAUCUGCCGAUAUUGGAGGGAAAAGCGACCCAUUCUGCGUUUUGGAACUGGGCAAUGCGCGUCUUCAGACACAGACUGAGUACAAGACGCUAACUCCAUCCUGGAACAAGAUUUUCACCUUCAAUGUCAAAGAUAUCAACAACAUCUUGGAAAUUACCGUAUACGAUGAGGAUCGUGAUCAUAAAGUCGAGUUUUUAGGUAAGGUGGCCAUCCCACUCUUGCGGAUCAGAAACGGAGAAAAGAGGUGGUAUGCUUUGAAGGACAAGAAACUGAGAAGUCGUGCCAAGGGAAAUGGUCCUCAACUACUUCUGGAAAUGACUAUUGUCUGGAAUCCUAUUCGAGCAUGCAUAAGAACUUUGAAUCCAAAGGAAGAAAAGUAUAUGCAAACUGAGGUGAAAUUCAAGAGGCAGGUUUUUGUGAAAAACGUUCUCAGACUGAAAUCUUUCGUAGUGUACUUCUUCGAAUUCGGAAAAAUAUUUCAAAACUGCUUUGAAUGGGAAUCCAAACUUCAAAGUUUUAUGGCGCUGGUCGCUUGGCUGAUUCUCUGCUAUUACUUCCAACCAUGGAUGCUGCCUACCUUCGGUAUCCUGCUCUUUUUGAAGCAAUUCACCAUCAAAACACUAGCAGGACCAACACAAGUUGCUUGGGAUGAAAGUAUUGAUUCUGAUUUGGAAGACGACGAUGAUGAAGAGAAAGAGAAGGAAGAGAAGAAAACUUUGAAGGAGCGAUUGCAAGCUAUUCAGGAAGUAACGCAGGGAGUUCAGAAUGCUAUUGGAAGGAUUGCUUCCCUUCUGGAGAGCAUUAGGAAUAUGUUCAACUUCACAGUACCGUACUUAUCGUGGAUAGCGAUAAUAUUGCUGCUGUUAGCCACGGUGGUGCUCUAUAUAAUGCCAAUUAGGUAUCUGCUCAUGCUUUGGGGCACAAACAAAUUUCUCAGAAGGACUUUGAGACCGCAUGCUGUACCUAACAAUGAGGUACUGGAUCUGCUCUCUAGGAUACCAGAUGAUGAAAUGCUUACUUAUAUAAAAUUAUUGGCCGCCGGCCUGUCAACACACCUGGGCCGCUUGACAGUUAUUCGGUGGUACUUGCAGUUGGACUACAAGGACCUCAAGCUGUUGAUGAACAACGACGCUGAAAGACGACGAGAACCGAAGAAGAAGCACAAAACGUCAUAGUGGUCGAUGACGGCCGUCAAGGACAGAUGGAAAGUGCGCUUCGAUAAAAUACAAGAAAAGUCUGAUUAGAGUUUAUACCUCGUUCUAGUUCAUUUUUAAGUGUUUUCCUAAAUGGUGUUAGAUGAAAUUGUCCAUCGAGAGAUUCAAGGAGCUUUCGUAACGUGACAUUGAAAAAAAGAGAUCAUGAUGAUAGAAAAUUCAAAGUAUAAUAGCAAAAUAUAGCAUCUAAAACAAUUUUUCCUCAAUAAUUUCUAGGGUUUCAAUGUGUCAGAAGUUGAAAUUUCAAAAAAUUAUUCUUACUGUUUUAUUUUUGAAACAUAACUAUUUGGAUUUCUUGACUGAAGUGGUUGUCCAUUCGUCAUACUUCAUCAAAGUGUUGGAUGAGGACAUGGAUACAAUUUCCAAAUAACUUUCAUCUAGUUCAUUUCCUAAAAUAUCACUUUCUUUUCACUAAUAUCAUAGUGUAAACAGUAAGUUUUUCGAAAUUUGUCGGUUAUUCAACUCAAAUGUUGUUACUUCGACUUUUAUUCAUAAUAUCAGUGUACUUGAUGUAUGUACUUUUUCUGAAUUAUUUGGUUUGACACUCAGCUGUUCGCCAAAUUUUGUGAUUGAUAUAUGUAUAACAAUGAGAGCAUACUCCUUAUACUAUCUAUUCAGAAGAGAUAUUGGAUCUAACUGACAUAUUACCAAAUAAUUCUGCUUUGAAUUCUAGUAUCUGAAACUCUUACAUUUCUUACUAAUAAAAUGUUGUCUCUUUCAGUUAUAUUCAGAAAGCUCUCAUUGAGUUACACACGAAAAUUUACCAUUUCUCUUCUUCUAAUCGAAAUUUUUGUAGAUCCUAAAAAAAACAAUAACUUUGUUGUAAAGUUUUGGCAUUACUUCGGGCAUGGUAUUUUCAACUAAAAAAUCCCGAAUAUCAAAGCCUUUUUUUGGCCUCUAUUAUUCAAUAUUUCUGCCAUAUUGACUGUAUUUUCAAUGAUGUAUUUGGACAAGUUACUAGGGGUAUAUGUGCUCGUUGUCCAAAUUGAUUUUCAUUUUUGUUUCGUAUGAAAGAUUUUUAAAGUUAUUUGGAUAUUUUGAUAGCUCCUAGUUCUUCGUGAAAAGGUCUAGUACUUGUGCAGAACAAUUUUUAAAUGUUCUCCAAAUUGAAUUUCAAAUUCGGAUUUGUUCAAUUUUCAACUGUUCGUUCCUAUUCGACUAGACUUUUUUCAUCUAGUCCGUAUUUUGUAUAUGAGCUGUACUUUCAACCAAUUUCAUAAAACUAGGAAUGCUUAGUAACAAUUCGAUAAUGUUCGAAAUGGUGAUGAGCAACAAAAUAAAUUCCUGUUUGAUCCCAGAUAUAAUUAAAUUUAUAUGAACUUCUUCGUCGACUUCUUUUAUAUUAUGUUUGAAGUUGUAGUUUAUGGAGAAGCAUGCGUUGUAAAAUGUUUAUGUGUAGUCUAAAGUGUCAGAGACACCAAAAUUUUCAUCAAACCUACUAAGGAAAACUAUUAUUUAGAUCUCAGAAAAUACGGAGCUGUAGACUGGAUAACAAAUUUUUCUCUUCAAUUCAUACAGUGUGUAACAACGAAAACUUAAC